CACAAAUGGAUAUUAUAAAUUUAAUUAUGAAGAAAUUACAACAUUAUUAUUUCGAAUUGAAGACGUUCUCAAUUAACGGCCACUAACUACACCCUUGCAAAAUUCCUCAGAUCUCACAGCUCUAAUUGCAGUUCACUUUCUCUAAAGAGCACCCAUUCUAGCCAUACUUGAGCAUGGCGUGAAGGCGCUAUCUUUAUUAAAUAUAUGCGAAAAAAUUAGAAUUCUCCAUYAUGAUUUCUACCGCCAACGGAAGGAAGAGUAUAUAAAGGACCUUCAUAAAAGCUACCCCUGGAAAUUUUGUCCCAAUCCAUGACGAUUGUCUCCCCCUACAAAAUGGGGGCUUGGUUGCAUAGAGGAGUUACGUCAGGGCUCCGACGUUCAUAUAAGAGUAGUUGACCUUCGUACCCAAAACGCAACGCUAACCAGACCUCUCGUUAAACUAAAUUUCCAACCAACUUCAAAAAAUAGCGAAAAUGCAAGUAGUAGAAUCCAUAUUACCGACACGCUAUAGUAAAUCACAAAGAUACUAAAUAAUGGAUAGACUGGUAGAUAUGGAUUCAGAAAUAAAUACAACCCCAACGCCAGUAAUGCGACGGCCCAUAAACAGAAAUAUAAGAAUUAUCCUUAGCACUGUAUCAAAGCUGUAUUCAAAAGUCCUGGAAGAGAAUACAGUAAUGAUGGAUGUAAGACGGAAUGUACAUCUCAGUACCGCAACCAUGGAAACAAGACAAGACAGAAAGAAAAACCCUGCUAAAUACAGAGAAGAAGUGGAAAAUGAUGAUCGCAAAGCCAUAAGAAGAUUGCACGUAAGCUACUAUAGUCGUAACGAGCUCUGGAGACAGAUAUCCUAAUGAAAAUCACAAAAAAAGAGUAUGUGUUGUGGAAAGCGACAUAACUUCUAACAUACAACUAAAAAUUAAAUGUAAAAAUGU